CGUAAUUCUAGCAAAAUACAGUUUGUGACGGACAUGACAUGCCAUUGACAUACAAUUCUGUUUAUAAAAACCAUGUGAGGAUCCAUUUGUAAUUCUAUUGAAUACUUUAAAGAAAUCUUGUCUUCAGUAUUGAGCAAAGGUCCUAUUAUUUUGCAGCUGAUUCUUGUAAAUCAAGGCUAACAAGGCAUUCUUUCCUUAAUAUUUCUUGGUUAUCUUGUCUAAUACGAAAGCUCGUCUUCUCACUUUAUUAGAAAAACUAUUUGAAAAUGAAAGAAGCUACUAUUCCUGCUUCAAAUGCUGAUGUCUCACUGAGGGUACUCAAUGAUGAAACCUCAGAAACUAACGGACCUGUUUCGAAUUCUGAUGACCUUCAACAAAAAGCUUGUCUUGAAACAAAGAAGAAUCACAUUACUGACGCUAAUCAUGAUGACUCCUCCAAGCCGUUCAAUCAUGAAAGGCCAGAUACUCAAAUUCACUCAGAUAGCUUGCCGCCUCCAUACUCAGAAUUACGAAACAACGUUGAUUUGGAAUCUGGCAGAGAAAAGAUCAAGGAUCGUAUGCCUUGGUGGGAAGUACUGAUUGACAGUCUGUUUAUUGUCUCCACAUUAAGCUUAGCCUGUGGCUUAAUUUUAUAUUAUUUUACAGGAACAGCUCCAAAACAAAAAAUCUCUUGGACGAUUUUAGGAGUUUGGCAUAUAGUUUUAUUUAUGUUCCUGAUAGUAAAUUUUAAGAGAUGGUUUCUAAAGAACAGAAAAAGCUCUAACUAGAGACUCGAACUUGUUAUUAAUUUUGGUGGUACAACUUCUUCGCAUGUCAAUGAUUGUCCGCUAGUUAUCUAAGGAAUGUUAGUUCAGCUACGAAGAGCUUUCAUUGAGAAUGGAAUACUUCUUUAAUAUAACAUUUAUUUGAUAACAGCAAGUAGUCUUUCUGAGACAUAUGUGUACUAUGAUUCAGCUGGAUAGGCAGGUUUUAAGGAUGGGCUGUACCCUACUGCAUAUAUGUGAGCACAAUUGAUCAAUGAUUAGUACAUAGUUGUGAAGGAAAGAAACAAGUAUCAGCAUGAAACAAGUGGAACUUUGCUUUAUUGAGAAAAUAGAAGAUGGAUCAAUAGGAACAAAAGACGUAAAAGAAGACUAGAUUCAAAAUAGUUUUAUGUUCUAUUUUUAAAUGCGAUCCAUCAAAUAUAAUACAAAAGAGACUUUAUUACAUAAUAUAAACAACAGCUGGUUUAAAGCAAAGAAGCUUUGCUUUAUCAAGAGGAA